CUUGUCGUUAAGCGAAAUUUGCGCUACACCGAUGGCUAUCUUUUCUUUCCUCGUUCUAGCGGCUCUCUUUGGUUCUUCGCUCGCUCAUGGAAUCGUUACUACUCCCUCACCCCGAGUAAUCGGUGACGCUAAUCUAGAAGCUUGCGGCGCUGCCGUUUACAAGGUCCUUAAAUCUGAUAAAUAUGGGCCGGUGGAAACCGCUGCUGCUAAGAUUGAUUCCGACUACAACGCCACCGCUUGCCACUUGUUCUUCUGCCGUGGCUACCAGUACGAAGACAAUGUGGCCAAUACUCGAGUGUACACCACAGGACAGGUCGUUCCCUUCGCAGUGGACAUCGAGGCCCAUCACACAGGAUACGCGAACGUUUCCGUAGUGAACCUUGCUACUCAAACGCCCAUUGCUCGCCUCUUCACAUGGCCUGUGUAUGCGAACGACACCCUUGGUCCGUCCCAAUGGCCCAAGAACGAAACUUCUUUCAACGUUACAAUCCCAGACUUAGGAGACACAUGCACCACUGCAGGUGCUUGUGCGAUUCAGUGGUGGUGGUAUGCACCAAAGCAGACGUUUGAGAGUUGUAUCGAUUUCACCACCGCUUAGUUCUCUUUCUCGUUAUGCACUUUCAUUUCACUUGGAGAAUGCCAUAUCGUUUCAGUAAUUCCCUG